CUUGAGGAGGUCACUCCUCAUUGGUGCAGGUACCAGAGCUCUGCACUCCAUUGCCCAAAGACAUCACAACAAACAAUGAACAUUUCACAAGCCAAAGAAAAUGAAUACAUUGCUUUUCAAUGUAAAUAUCUCCUCUGUUAGACAGAACUUCCUUAAUUUCCCUAUUCCUCUCACUCACGUUAUUGUGUUUCCUUGCUCCAAACCCAUAAGAGCAAUAUUUGCCCUGUUUAUGUGCUAGCUAGUGGUUAGAAUGGGUACUUUAAUGCCCUAACAUAUGAUCUGUAUAUACCCAUAUAAAUAUGACAGCAGAGGAAUUCAGAAUGCCUAAAGGUAUUUUCCCAUAUAAUUUAAUGAACGAGUGAUUCAGCCUUUCCACCGAAUACAAACAGGCCGUAAUUGACAGGCAUGAUGUUGGGUCCAUGGCUUUAUCUGACACCCAGCAUGAGUCAGGCAGAACUGCACCAACCUGUGCACCCACCCUGUCCCAUGUCAACGGGUGUGCAGCACGCCUGGUCUGGGGCAGGGCUGGGAGUGUGCAGGAGGCAGAGGGAGUAUGAGGUAGAAUGUGCAGCAGGAGACAGGGUGAGCACAGUGAGCAGGAGACAGGGUGAGCACAGUGAGCAGGAGACAGGGUGAGCACAGUGAGCAGGAGACAGGGUGAGGAAAGGAAGUAGGAAGCAGGAGAAAUGGUGAGCAGGUGACUGUGUGCGCAUAGUGAAUAAAGUGAGCAAAAGACAGUAUGAGCAUUGUGAGUAAAGUAAGCAGGAGACUGUGAGCAUUGUGAGCAUAGUGAGCAGGAGGUAGUGUGAUCAUAGUGAGCAGGAGGCAGUGUGAGCAUAGUGAGCAGGAGGCAGUGUGAGCAUAGUGAGCAGGAGGCAGUGUGAGUGUAAAUAUAGUGAGUAGAAAGGAGUAUGAGUAUAGUGAGAAAAGUGAGCAGGAGACUGUGAGCAUUGUGAUCAUAGUGAACAGGAGGCAGUGUGAGUGUAAAUAUAGUGAGUAGAAAGGAGCAUAGCGAGUAAAGUGAGCAGAAAGCAGUGUGAGUAUAGUGAGCAGAAAGUAGUGUGAGUAAAGUGAGCAGAAAGUAGUGUGAGUAUAGUGAGCAGGAAGUAGUGAGUAUAGUGAGUAAAGUGAGCAGAAAGUAGUGUGAGUAUAGUGAGCAGGAAGCAGAGGCUGACACUACACUCACACAGUAUUCCCAAUACCAGCAGCUCAGACUUUCCUGGAUAUAGAGGGGAUCUGUUGUGCCCUGUAACAGCCCCUCCUCCACUACCACCUCCCCUCUUGUCGGCUGGUGGGAAGCGCUCCCAGACUGCCAGGUCAGUCCCGGCUUCCUUCUGUGCUGAUCCGUGGCUGAGCUGGCUCAGACCUGCCCUCCUUUCCCCUGCUCCAGCAACCACCACCUCCUCCAACUGAUCCUCCAGUCCUCCUCCAGCCUGCACUGCACAACUGUACCUUUCUCUCUACAAGAUGGCGGGGUCCCUUGUUGAAAGGGAAUCAAUGGUAAGUCUUAGCAUGCCAAAUGUUCCAUGAUCCAUGUCAGAUCUAUGGAAUUCUCCAGAUAUAAAUAAUGUCUAGUAGGAGGGACCAGGCUGUACGGCGGGGUCUGUUUGCCACCCUGGUGCCUGCCCUAGUCCCAUCUAUCUCAUGGCAUGCGCUGCCAACCUGACCACGUCCCCAAGCAGGCAUACCUGUUAGCACUGGGGGAUUCCCUGUCAUACAGGCACCUGGGGACAGAGAGACAAUGUAUCUACUGACUGGGUUAGAAUUCCAUCAGAGAAUGGAGAGAAUGUCUAUACUGUCUGUUUAUAUAGAGCUACAGAUAACCCAUAUACUGAGAUUACACAGAGAGAGAGAGGGGGAGAGAUAAUCUGAGUAUUAACCCUAGGAGUGCUGUUUGAUGAAACAAGGUAUCUCAGAAUCAUGUGUUGGCUCUCAUAGCGUUAACACAGCACACUGCUUAUUUAAGAUAUAAAAGCUGGUUGUACGUGCCGCUCAGUGCUUUGUUGGCUGCAGCCUGCUUUGAACAAGCCAUUUUAUAUUGCAUGGAGCUCUGGGAGGUUAAAUAGUAAGGAGGAAGGGAUUGAAGAUGGAUUUAGAACAAGAACGAGGAGCUGUCCAGGGCAAGCUAGUGUGUGGAUUGUGUGACUAUGAAUACAGGGAAAGCGUCAAUGUGUGUAAGGAGGAAUGGUUACUAUCCAGAGACUGUGUCCUUAUGACCGGUGCUGGUCAUUAUUUUCCAGUGUAUGAAAGAUCUCACUGAUGUGACCUUGUGGGGAGCUGUCAUCAGAUAUAGUGAAAGCAAAAUAAAUGUGCCAAGUGCCCCUGUGUUUAAAACUCUGCCCCCUGUUAUUAUAGAAGAGGAUGUGUGUGUGUGUGUGUGUGUGUGUGUGUAUUUAUAUAUAUGUGCACAACAAACUAGCAAACUAUAUAUAGAAGAUGACUAAUCACAUAUAUAUAUAUAUAUGGUCUUGAGAAAGGACCACGAGUGGGUCCGAAACGUUGACGCUACACAAAUAAAAUCCUUUUUAUUUUUUAAAGUAAAGUCCUAUGAGUGCCCAUCUCUGCAUUCAAAUUGUAUUUUUGUUCCACUGUGAGGCAUUAUAAUCAAAGGAUUUAUUUCUUCAAACAUCGGAUAAAUGUGAGUGCCUUCAUAUCUACAUUCUAAUAUAUAUAAUUAGUCAAUAUCUCUCUCUCUCUCUCUCUCUCUCUCUCUCUCUCUCUCUCUCUCUCUCUCUCUCUCUCUCUCUCUCUCUCUCUCUAUAUAUAUAUAUAAUUAGUCAUCUUCUAUUAGUUUGUUUUUCAUUUCAGUGUUCUUAGCACAGUAAAUGUAAGUAUAUCAGCCUGCCUGGACAUUCACUUUUGGCACUGUACGACUGGGGGCUUAAUAUACAGUAUAACAGCCUUUUUACACGAAUGGAACCUCACACCAACAUCUAUUUUGGGAAUAACACUGAAAACACCAUUAUGCUUAGUUUUUUCCACUCUGCUGCUACAAUAAUGCCAUGGGAGAAGUAUUUAUAUUUUCAUAAACGUCCAUUUUUGUCAUCUGUGAAUUUGUUGCAAACAGACGAGAAAUGCCUCUGAUUGUAAUGGUACUUUUUCUUUUUUUAAAUGUGGCAACAAAGCAUGUUAGGUGAGACUGAUCAAGACAAAGUAGGUGCUAUUAGACAUUCUAUUUGAUUCAUUAGUGAUUGGUGCUAAUUUUGCACUUUGCCCAAGAAGGAACCCAAUCAGUCACUAGUGGACUUUGUGCGCAUGGUAAUCAUGGUUUUACUUUUACUUCUGAGUUCAUAAAACUGAACCCAACAGGCACCUGACUUGAUGGAAUCUCAGUUUCUUUUGUUUUUGUAUAUAGAAAUAUGAAAGUUAACUCAUCGCUGAAAAUAUUAUUUAUUUAAAUCCUUGGUUGCUAGGUAAGGCUGUUAUUUUAUGUAGGUCAUCUGUGUUUGCAUCCCUGUAUAUGUAUUUGUAAAACAUCUUAUACAAAAUACCACAGAGAUUAUCUCGAAAUUCCAAUAGACAUGCCUCUGGGACUCAUUGUGGAUAUUUAUUAAAAAAAAAGUCACUAAGAGAAAAGUGGGGCAAAGUUCUAGAAGUGAAGCAGUCACCAUGGAAACCAGUUUACUGCAGAUUCCAUUGGUUUCCAUAGUGAUUGCUUCAGUUUUAGAACUAUGCCCUAGUUUUUUUUUGUUAGCAACUCUUUUAUAAAUCUACCCAUAAUGUAUUUGUAGAGGGAAUAUAAUAUAUAAAUUGAGUGUCGAGUAUCGAGAUACGAUGCACAGAAAAUAUUUCUUAAAAAGCUUUAGAACCUGCAUGUUUAUUUGUAUAUUAAUGAACUAAUGAGUGAAUUGAUGUGCCUCCAAAGACAUUGUAGAAUUAUUGAGUAUUUCAGUUAUACUCAAAUGUAAACAGGAAUAAGUGAAACCUCCUAUCUUAAUAAAUAUGCUUCAUUCAACUGUAAUAUACUGUUUAAUGCGAGAGAUAGAGAUAAAAUCCUCAGCACCUUAAAGGUCGUCCAAGGCCAGAAUCUUCAGCCCUAGUGCAUUAAAUCUUGGAACGUUAACAGCAGUAUUUGCAAAACUUGGUAGCAUUUCAGACACGUGUGGCCUCCUUGACAAAUGGACAUACUGCUGAAAUACUAUGUAAGCAUAAAGUUCUUACCAUCUUGGUGGGAUAAAUUAAGAUAGAAAUGUCAUAUGCCGGAUUAGGCUCUCAGGCAACUAUUUUUGUAGCCUGAAACCGACCAGGGUAUUUCAUAUUUGUUAACAUAUGAAUUAAGUUUUAGGGAUAUCUGACCUCCAUUACAUUCUCCAUAGAAUUCUUUGAAAUGUUUUAAUUUCAUGAAUACAGUGCAGUCUCCCACCCUUGAUAAACAUACUCUACUUACCAUUGUAAUUUACAGAGCCGCCUUUCCGAAACAAUAAAGGCAAGUCGCAUACAAUGACAUGCCCUUCCAACAACAUACAUAAUUGAUUAAAUAACACUGAAAACGUGUUACAUGCGUGUAAUCAUUUAUGGCCUCACUUUUUCACUUGAGGUAUUAUGUUGCAAAAACUGACAUUAGUAACAGCUGUCUUAUCUUAUUCAUGCUCCCCCGCCUUGAUUAUUGAAACCCUCUGCUUAUUGGCCUGAAAUGUGCCCAGAUUACCCCUCUACGGCCCAUAAUAAAGGUUCCUAACAGACUCAUCUACUUUACAUUCAACAAUUCUCAAACCAAACUGUCAGCCUCUACACUAACUUCCCGUAUCUUUUAGGAUUCUAUUCAAAGUACUUCUCUUAUGGAAUGCCCAAGCUCUAAUGCCUGAUUCGACUCUCCUUGUCUCUCGGCAGUCCUACAAAAAUUCUUAAAACACACUUGUUCAGAGAAGCCUAUAACUCCUUAUCCCUGUCAACCUUCCUCUGCUGUCUCCAAUUCAGUGUACUCUAUCUUCGCAAACACCCCUCCCAACCUUUAAGGUAUAUGCAGAAAAUUUGGUUUAAAUUAAAAAAUUUUUGGUUGUGAAUAAAUUAAGAAAAUGUAUAAUUGACAAAAUUAUAUAUCCAGUCAGGCAGACAGAUAUGAGCAAAAGUACCAAUAUUUCACUACUAUUAAGGACGUACUGGGAAAGAAAUGGUCCCGAUAAAUUUGGCCUUGACACUACAGAUAACAUAGAACAAUUACAGAUCAUUUGAUUCCCUCACUACCUUCUGCAUAUUUUACCCUUAACUUUUUAGAUUUUAAUCUCAUUUGGGCAGGGUUCUCUUCACCCAUUGUUCCCAUAUAUCAGACGUGUUUCUUUAAGAUCGGCAAACUUGGGGUGUGAUACAUAAAGUUAACACUGAUAUAAUAUAGCAAAGGAUGUGAUGCUCUCAAACGUGAGUUUAAAAAGCCUUUGAAAUUGAAAUUGCACUUGGAUUGUUAUGCCAUUAAGGGACAUUGGCCGUCAGACAAGGUCCUUAAGCAAGCAAAAAAAAAAAGUAAACUUUGAAGUCACUUUUUCCCUUUCUGUUUACACAGGGAUUGCACUAUAAAUACGGUUUAAACCACAGCUGCUUAAUCCUGACGGUACCUUACUUAGUGUCACAGUUUAUAUGUACCUGCAGAUAAAAACUUUAGCAUUGGAUUAAAAAAACUAAAAAGUUCUCUACCUGAUUUCAGCAUCAUCACGAACUGUAUCUUUGUUCUUUUAGCAGUUGGAUGGAAGGCGUCUGAGCAGCCCCUUAGGGUCUCCUGUGCAAGCAGAAGUCUACUUCCCUCGCCUGGUAAGUGAACAAUAUUUUUUAAAAUUGUUAUUUCUUUUAUUUAAAAUACAGAAAUCUGACUAAAUCAAGCCAAUGUAAGCCCCCGAUUACUGCAGAAUUAUUAUAGAAAACAAAAUGUAAUAUAUCAAACAGAGGAUGUAAAGUAAGUUUAUGAAAUUAAAUUAUGACAAAACAUUUUGUUUUUUCAAAGAUUGAUUCUUGUUUAUCUUUUUAUAGGUAUAUAGUGGGGGAUCACUUAUAAAAGAUCAUUAUUUUUAAAGGGCCAUCAUACGACAUAAACAAGUCAUUUCUAACUGACAAGUUUGAUAGGCAGUAGGCUGUUCAAUUAAAGGACCACUAUAGGCACCCAGACCACUUCAGCUUAAUGAGGUGGUCUGGGUGCCAGGUCCAACUAGGUUUAACCCUUUUUUCUAUAAACAUAGCAGUUUCAGAGAAACUGCUAUGUUUAUAAAUGAGUUAAUCCAGCCUCUAGUGGCUGUCUCAUUGACAGCCGCUAGAGGGCUUCCGCGCUUCUCACUGUGAUUUUCACAGUGAGAAGACGCCAGCGUCCAUAGGAAAGCAUUGAGAAUGCUUUCCUAUGGACUGGCUGAAUGCACGUGCGGCUCUUGUCGCGCAUGCGCAUUCAGCCAAAGAGGAGGAGGAGAGUCCCCCACCUGGUGCUGGAGAAAGAGGUAAGUUUAACCCCUUCCUCCCCCUAGAGCCCGGUGGGACACCCUCAGGGCACUAUAGUGCCAGGAAAACGAGUAUGUUUUCCUGGCACUAUAGUGGUCCUUUAAGUGUGUUCAUAAGAGUAUAAAGUCCUUUGGGACUUAGAAACAGAUAUCGGUUUUGUUACAUACUGUCAGUGUGUGAGAAUGAAAAUUUACUGAAAUGUUGCAGAAUAUGAUAUAUCAAUACUAAUAAUCAUCAGGGAAAAUGGUUGAUUUGGAAAAAUGGCUGAUUUGGAGAUGCUUUGUAGCUUAGCAGUUAAAAUGUACAAUUUGCUUGGCAUUAUUCCACAUAUUCCCAGUUUAAUGAAUAACCUUUCUUGCCUAACCCAUUUAUGUGGUAUUCAUUUUCAAAUAAGGAAUAUGGUCUUGUCUCACUUAUAGUAUUGUAUGAAACUCUCCAGCAGCCUCCAACAGACUGUUUGGGGUCUUUCUUUACUGAUUUAAAUAGCUACAUUUUUGGAAUGAUUCUGAAUUUAAAACCAGACAAGAGUUGAGAUGAACCCUUCAAUUAAUGUUUCCACGUAUUCUUUAAUAAGUAAGGAAAGAUGGUACUGGACCAUAUAUAAUACCACAUAAAGAGGUUAUUUUGGAUUGCUGCUCUGUGCCAGUGCUCUAUGGUUGAACCAGAGACAGCACUUCAAUGAGAUGUUAGAACUUUUUAGGUGGCAUAAAACUUUUUUCUUCCUUUUUUUUUUUAAAGGGACAUUAUAGUCACCAGAACAACUACAGCUUAUUGUAUUUGUUCUGGUGAAUAUAAUCAGUUCCUUAUGUCUUUUUGCAGUAAACACUGUCUUUUCAUGAAAAUGCAGUGUUUACAUUACAGCAUAUGGAUACCUGCACUGGCCACUCCUCAGAUGGCUACUAGAGGUGCUUCCUGGGGCAGUGCUGGUUCUGUCAUUGAUCUGCCUCCUUGACAAGCUCAGCCAAUCUAAAGCUUUCCUUUGAGAAAGCAUUGUGAUUGGCUUUGAACACCAAUUCUGAUGAUGUCAGCCAAGCAGGCAGAUCAGGAGCAGAGCCAGCAGUAGCAGACUGGAAUAAAGGUACAAUUUUACUGUAUUUAGGGGUGCAAUGGAGUGCCAGGGGGGCUAUUUUUAACACUAUAGGAUCAGGAAUACAUGUUUUUUUCCUGACCCUAUAGUGUUCCUUUAAUGUUUGCAUCUUUUACAAAAACAAAUGUUAAAAAUACAGUGUCUAAUGAAUGGAAAAGAAAAAAAGCUUUUUGAAAUGUGCAACUGCUACAUGAUUCAGCUAGACGCAUAGAAGUUGACUUGGUCUCCCACAAUCAUGACUUUCUUGUAAUUGUAAACCCUAGGUUUUCUAUAUAUCCUCUAAAGAAGAAAUCGCCAAUGCCCCUUUACUGAACAUAUGUAAACGGAAUUUUUUUUUUUUUACUGCAGUAACAGUGAUAGAAUGUGGUCUGUUGAUAGUCACUGCUGAUUGGCUGGGACUUGUGUCUCCAUUGGGUAUAGAGCUAACAAAUACAAAUAAGGCAGCUGUAGAGUCAGCUUACUCUAGUUUAAAUAGUGAAACUAGGAAUUAAAGUAUAGAAAUGUAAAAAGGCCUAUGUCACGCCAAGGGUGCAUAAUUCAUUGUUGCACAAUAGAAUAUUGGCAUUUAAUGUAAUUUGUGUAGUGCAUAUAUGAAUUGACCAAUUGGAUGCAAGGUCAGUUGACAGAAGUGAUAAUGUAAAUGGUAUAGGAAUGUUAAGGGGGGUGGCAGAUGGUUUGCGACAUAGAUUGAUCCUUUGAUUAAUCAAAGGCUCUGCAGGGUGUGAGAUUCUACACUUGAGAUGCCUGGAUGUCUAGUUCCAAUGUAAACUAGCUGGCUUCAGCCAUAUGGCCUGUACCUCCUAAUUGAUGAGUUGAUUUCUUUCAUAUGUUAAUGAUAAUUAUCUUUCAAGAAAAACAAGCCUUGUGUUACCAAGGCACCCCAUUUAUAAAUUGCCUUUGUGGUGGCAGCAUUAAAAUAGUAAUAUUUAUAUUAUUAUGCUUAAGUGUGGCUGGUGAUUUUAUCAUUAUUUCCGGUCUAGUGCAGACAAAUAGUGAACUUUAACUCCUUCACCACCACAACUAUGUCACACACACUUUUGAAGUAGGAUGUGUUCAUGACAAAUGCCUAUAUUAAAAGUAAUUUCAUGGUGUGCUUGGUGAGUUUAAAGCUCACCCUUCUUUCAUCAGUAUUGUAGCUGUGUGAUUGGUUUCCCUUCCAGACAAUUUAACAGCUCCAUUAAUACUGUAUGCAGCAUCACGAGUGAUGUCAUAGUCGGAAAAUUUUCAAGUAGGCCCAAGUCCCAUUAAAUUGUUUUCCAUUGUUGCCUAUUAGAAUAGUGUGGGGCUGCUUAAACCAGCAGACUUGAAAUCACUUUCCUUAAAUAUCACUCCCAUCACUCUCAGGCCUCACUUCACAAUCAACUCAGUGAAGACUGCAUUUACCAUCCUGCAGAAACACCCAUCACUCUCAGGCCUCACUUCACAAUCAGCUCAGUGAAGACUGCAUUUACCAUCCUGCAGAAACACCCAUCACUCUCAGGCCUCACUUCACAAUCAACUCAGUGAAGACUGCAUUUACCAUCCUGCAGAAACACCCAUCACUCUCAGGCCUCACUUCACAAUCAACUCAGUGAAGACUGCAUUUACCAUCCUGCAGAAACACCCAUCACUCUCAGGCCUCACUUCACAAUCAACUCAGUGAAGACUGCAUUUACCAUCCUGCAGAAACACCCAUCACUCUCAGGCCUCUCUUCACAAUCAGCUCAGUGAAGACUGCAUUUACCAUCCUGCAGAAACACCCAUCACUCUCAGGCCUCACUUCACAAUCAACUCAGUGAAGACUGCAUUUACCAUCCUGCAGAAACACCCAUCACUCUCAGGCCUCACUUCACAAUCAGCUCAGUGAGACUGCAUUUACCAUCCUGCAGAAACACCCAUCACUCUCAGGCCUCACUUCACAAUCAACUCAGUGAAGACUGCAUUUACCAUCCUGCAGAAACACCCAUCACUCUCAGGCCUCACUUCACAAUCAGCUCAGUGAAGACUGCAUUUACCAUCCUGCAGAAACACCCAUCACUCUCAGGCCUCACUUCACAAUCAACUCAGUGAAGACUGCAUUUACCAUCCUGCAGAAACACCCAUCACUCUCAGGCCUCACUUCACAAUCAGCUCAGUGAAGACUGCAUUUACCAUCCUGCAGCAUUCUCACACAAUCAGCUCAGUGAAGACUGCAUUUACCAUCCUGCAGAAACACCCAUCACUCUCAGGCCUCACUUCACAAUCAGCUCAGUGAAGACUGCAUUUACCAUCCUGCAGAAACACCCAUCACUCUCAGGCCUCACUUCACAAUCAACUCAGUGAAGACUGCAUUUACCAUCCUGCAGAAACACCCAUCACUCUCAGGCCUCACUUCACAAUCAGCUCAGUGAAGACUGCAUUUACCAUCCUGCAGAAACACCCAUCACUCUCAGGCCUCACUUCACAAUCAACUCAGUGAAGACUGCAUUUACCAUCCUGCAGAAACACCCAUCACUCUCAGGCCUCACUUCACAAUCAACUCAGUGAAGACUGCAUUUUUUUUCUCUCCCCACUUCCCACCCAUCCAGGCUCCCCUUAAAUAUAUAGCAUGCUCCUCCAGCUGUUCAAGAUUCUCACCCAAUUACCUGUUCAUUCCCCUAACAUCUUACCAAUAGCUGCUUCUCUGUUAACUCUUUCAGCCAUCACCUCCAAACUUCCCCUACCUUUUGUCUCAAAUCCCCCUGGUAUCUUUUAGAUUGUAAGCUCAAGGGCCAUCUAGCUAAGCACUUUGCAUAAAAGAGCUCCAAUGGCUAGAUAUCAGCUUACGGGCAGGGCUCUCUUACCUCUUGUAUUUGUUUGUGUAUAUUGUACGUUUCUCAACUAAUUGUACAGCGCUGCGGAAUCUGUGUGCGCUUUAUAAAUUGCAAUAAUAAUAAUAAAUAAUAAAUAUAAUUUAUGUAAAUAGAUUCCAUUGUGUCUUGCUUAUUUGACUAUUUUUAGAUUUGGGAGUUAUAUUUUGCCUCAUCCUGCAACAUAAAAAACAUAAAAAAAGCAAGGCACCAUUUUUCUUGCACAUUAUUGCUUUAUGACACCUUGUAAAAGUACUUGAUACAAGGAAACUCCCAACAUACUGGCAUGCAACACAUUAAUGUUAUAUAUGUGAGGUACUUGUAAUUACGUUUUUAUUUGUUAUGUGAGUGCAUACUAAAUACUUCCUGACCCCACUGUGCUUUGCUGAAAGUUAUGGCCUUUACUGCUGUGCACAGUAUUACGCUUUUUAUUGCAUAGUGUGAUGUCACCCAGCGUGCACGAUGGGAUAUUAAAAAAUUGAUCUACCUUAUGAAAUAAAAGAGAGAUUACGUCAGGUCAAAUACAUUUUCUCACUUUUAAUUUAGAACACCAAUAGACAUGUUUAGGUGUUUCAUGAUGCAAGUUUUAGAAACUAUUUGUGGAAGCUGAAAUUUUACUAGGUGGGAAUCACAGACUACAUCUAUUAAAUUUGACUCUACUCCCCUUCUAUUAUAAUUCUGAAGUAUCAAAAUGACUGUCUGAAAAUAUAUAUAUAUAUUUAAUUUGCUAAUUACAACACACCUGUAAAAACGAAAUAACUAAAAUUAGAAGUAUGAGUGAGCAGAAAAAAAAACCAUGCAGGAUAAAACCAAAGCUUUACAUUACAAGCUCUAUUCCUUACCUCCAGACUGCUCUUUAACCCCUUAAGGACCAAACUUCUGGAAUAAAAGGGAAUCAUGACAUGUCACACAUGUUAUGUGUCCUUAAGGGGUUAAGUAGUAAGUAUGAGUUUGUUAGGAUUUUGAAUUAUUAUACAGAGGACGCCCUUGCUCAGAAACCCUACUGAAGAUUAAAUGGCGCAUUUCAGAAAUCACUUGUUGAUAUAGACCAGGGGUAGGCAACCUUCGGCACUAGUGCCAUGCACGGCACUCAAGGUGUCUUUGCAUGGCACUCAAGGUGUCUUUGCACGGCACUCAAGGCUGCUAGAGCCAAACAGUGUCUGACCUAUCAGAAGUCCCAGUGAAACUUCAGAUAUCUGCUAAUACGAAAAGGUGGUGAAGGACAAUUCUCAAUUUAUGCAUUGCAGCACAUAGAGGAAGUGAUCUCAGAUCACUUCCUCCCAGCACUUGUGAAUGGGAAUCCAGCCUGCAGCUGCUGUUACUGCUCCUGUCCUUGACCUGUACCUGGCCAGCCUGGUCCCCACUGGAACCCAGGGAAGCCACCCACACUGCUAGAUAUACACAGAAAUGCAGAUUAACCUUCCCCUCAUACAAAUAAUAUGAACAGUCCACACACAAAAUACACGCAAUCCGUACAAACAUAAGCCGCUAACAAUCCACAUACAUGCACACAACCCCACAUGCAGCCUCUCACAUGGAAUACCCCAAAGAGCCCCCACACACUACCAAACACACAAUGUGACAUUUCCAUUCACACACACAAUUCCACAAGCAGCCCCCAUACACAGCCCACAUUUAUAUGUAACAUACACAAUACCAUAAACUACUAAUGAACAUAUACAAUAUAAUAGCUCAUAUACGGACAAAUACAACGAUACAAAGCAAUUACAGUAAAAAUAACACAAGCAGAAUACGGCAACAUACACACCUCAAUUUUAAAAAAAAAAUAGGAUUGGCAUGCUACGGGACAUCACAAUCCUAUAUCGGCACAGUGCUGCUAAAAGGUUGCCUACCCCUGAUAUAGACUGAUCAUGUGUCAUUGCCCCUGGAAAAAAUGUUGAUAGUUUUAUCCUGUCGUGGGCAACCUUCGGCACUCAAAUGUUGUAGACUACAUCUCACCCCAUGCUUUGCCAGCAUUUUGGUUGUAAUGAAGGUUGCCUAUCUCUGGGUUAGUCUAGCAGGAUUUUUUUUUAAAUCAACAAAAUUUAAAUUAAAUUAAUUUAUCAACAAUUUUCUGAUGGGGUCCUACCCAAAGUGCUUGAAUAACUGCAAUUCCUUUUUUUUUACACGUUAUGUUUGUUUCCUUGCAUCUGAUGCAUAGGUCAUCAUUGGUAUUGUUUAUUGUUAGUUUGGUAGAUUUUAUCAUCCCCGAUUGUAUGAUAGUAAGUACACAGUAUCACACCUUUUUACACCUCUCUCUCGUCUCAAUCUGUCACAUGUAUAAUAUACACGUUAAGAGAUUGAGUAUUUUUGGCAUUUUCAAAUACGUUCUUUUCAUACCACCUUAUUGCUCAGGGCUAAUUCAUCACUGUCUUAAAAUGUUAAAAUGAAUAUUAGAUCAUUAUGUAACACCGGCAGGUUUGCUGCAUUUCUUCUGAAGUUAUAAUGAUUUAAGCAGGGUGUGUUAGACGUCUUAUUUCAAUUUUCUUGAAUCCAGCCUAGAUUAACCCCUUACGGACACAACUUCUGGAAUAAAGGGGAAUCAUGACGGAAUAUUUCCGUCAUGUGUCCUUCAGGGGUUAAACAGACAAUGGAAUACAAAGCAAGACAUACACAUAUUUCCAACUUUUACUCCAAGCAGAGAAAGCAGUGUGUUAUUUCUUACUAUGAAGAGCGGUGUGACCAAGAGAUAGAUGAGCCUAUGUGGAAUGGAGCCAACAUUGGCUUGUAUCUCCUCUUCAACAAGGACAAGCAAGGGAACACACAUACAGAGAUGUGUGCCAUAGAAAGCACUGAUCCCCUUCCUUCUGCUAGAUUACUGGCAGGGCGUACAUGUUUGCAGGGAGGUAUUUUUUGGACCCUUUAGAAAUUCGAGGCUUGUCUUGGCUCUAACCAUAAUGACCUAGUUACAUGAAAUUAUUGCUAAUGGCAAAAGUUACACAGUACAAAUUUGUAAAACUGCAGAGGAAAAUACUCUUUCAUCACGAGAAGACAAUUUAGAUCAGAGUUAUACAAAAGGUAGAUCCACCAAAUAAUCCCCUAAAGUAGGCACGGCAUCAUGGGAGUUGUAGUUCUACUGUAUCUGGGGGUCUAUCUCAUCUUCCUCGCAUUACAAGAUCAUUGUUUGUUAUGUGCUGUGUUAACCUGGCAAAUGUUACACAUGGUUAACCCGGCAAUUGAAAAAGCCAAUUGAACUCAAUUGUUGAGUCGUUUGGCCAAUGGCCAUAUUAGAUUUCCUAAAAAGCAAGCACCCAUCAAAUGCACGGUAUUUAUUAGUAGUUAUUGGCUCUCAUUCCUGUUUGUAUCAAACGGCUGCACAUGUGGAAUGCAGACCUCUUUCUUUGUUGGGCCUUUGGUGCAGUUUGCAGCACUUGGCAAAUGUUUACUGUAACCUAUGUCUGUUCUGCAUUCUAAUGAGAACUCAGAGGGUUAAUCUUCCUGCAGGCAUUCAAUAAGAAUGGCCAUAAACCCACUGCUAUAAAAUAUCAGUAUAAGGAGAGCCGCAGCUUAAUUGACAUUUUAGAUAACUGCAACACAUUUUCAAUAUAGCAACCGACAUACUGUAUUAAUUUAGUAUGCCCAUUAAAUUGUAACAAACAGGCUAGACUUGUAAUUGUUGUUCCUCUAAAUUAUCCAAAUGUGCUCAAAUGAGUAGCAUUUUAAACAUAAUGGAUACUGUAAUCCUUACAUCAUAUAAAUUAACCUGAAAAUACUUCUACUCUCAGUGCUUUAGAAAGCAACCUCAAUAGCUUCCUAUCCCACAUAGCAACCACAUACACAUCAUCCGCAGCUCACAGUUACAACAACCCUGCACAUUCACCGUCACCUCUCAGCAUAUGCAUUCCACCCUGUACAUUCCCCUUCUCCUCCCAACAUCUACACCCACCCUUUACAUUCCCCCUCUCCUCCCAACACCUACACCCACCCUGUACAUUCCCCUUCUCCUUCCUGAAUUUACAACCACCCUGUACAUUCCCCUUCUCCUCCCAACACCUACACCCACCCUGUACAUUCCCUUUCUCCUCCCAACACCUACACCCACCCUGUACAUUCCCUUUCUCCUCCCAACACCUACACCCACCCUGUACAUUCCCCUUCUCCUUCCUGAAUUUACAACCACCCUGUACAUUCCACUUCUCCUCCCAACACCUACACCCACCCUGUACAUUCCCUUUCUCCUCCCAACACCUACACCCACCCUGUACAUUCCCUUUCUCCUCCCAACACCUACACCCACCCUGUACAUUUCCCUUCUCCUUCCUGAAUUUACAACCACCCUGUACAUUCCACUUCUCCUCCCAACACCUACACUCACCCUGUACUUUCCCCUUCUCCUCCCAACACCUACACCCACCUUGUCCAUUCAUUUUCUCCUUCCUGAAUCUACACCCACCCUGUACAUUCCCCUUCAGUUCAAAAUACCUACACCCACCCUGUACAUUCCCCUUCAAUUCACAAUACCUACACCCAUCCUGCACACCCUCUGAGCUUCCAUAAGCACCCAGUCACUCCUAGUUCAAUUCCCAAUGAUUUAAUAAAUAACCUUGCCAGUCACUUCCACCCAUUUAGUGACCAACACAGUCCCAUACCCUAUUAGCUCACACCCAUUCAGCUACGUACUAAAUAACCAACCACUAUCGACCUACUCACGCACUCACUCACUCACAUAGUCACAUAACAUAGGCACUCUAAAAAUUCCAGCAUCCCUGUUUUCAUUCAGUACAAUUUGGAGUUUAGUAAAUAAUCCUGAUAGUCUCACACAUUAUUAGCAUCUCACAUACGCUGUAUUUUCUAUCCAAUUUCUAAUAGUACAGCUGAAUAGAUAACCAGACGAAUAGCUUUUCAUACACAGGCAAAUGAUGUGAUGAUGCACACAGAACGCAAGCAGAAUAAUCACUGUGUUGUUUUUGGAACUAACUAGAUAAUGUCUACCCACAUCUACCCCCAGGCUGGAUAUAUAAUCAUAUGUAUUACAUAUAUAUCUGAAAGAUAUAACAGAAAUUGUAUGCAGGCAGCAGAAGAUCACAUGUGGUGUUGUGGCCUUUCAGUAAAUAAUGCACAAUUCAGCUAUGUGACUCUUAAAUGUUUACUAUUACAUCCCAUACACAUCUCAUUUCUCGUUCAAGUAUGACGUGCGGCUUGAUGAGGUAUGUAAAAUAAAGAAGUUCUGUUUAAAUAAUAAAAAAAAUCUAACCCCAGCAUAAUGUCCAGUGCUAUACAAAAGGAAGUGGAAUAUAAAUACACAAGAUUUAAAGAGUUACUGUAGGCAUCAAAACAACUUUAGCUUAAUGAAGCAGUUUUAGUGUAUAGAUCAUGCCCCUGCAGUCUUAUUGCUUAAUUCCCUGCCAUUUAGAUAGUAAAUCACUUUUAUUUCUGUUUAUGCAGCACUAGAAUGUCUCUGUAUUUGUAGUGUGUGUAUUGUGUAUCUGUGUAUGUCUGUAUGUGUGUAUCUGUGUGUGUAGUGUGUGUAUCUCUAUGUCUGUGUAUCUGCAUGUGUGGAAGUGUCUGUAUCUGUAUGCGUCAGUGUCUGUAUGUGUCUGCGUGUAAUGUCUGUAUGUCUGUGUAUCUGCAGGCGUAUCAGUGUGUCUGUACAUCUGUAUGUGUGUCAGUAUCUGCAUGUGUGUCGGUUUUUGAUACAUAUAUUGACACAAAUACAGUUGCACAAACACACAAACAUUGCCACACAUGCAGAUACAUAGACCAAACAGAUACAAUCACUGACACACAUUCAGAUACAGACACACAGAUACAACAAACACUGACACACAUGCAUAUACACAGACACAGUGUAUAGGUAAGUGUAUUGGCUGCAGUGCACACACAGACACACGCUACAUCCCCAGCACACACACACACAGACACACAAUUCAUCUCCAGCACACACACAGACACACUAUAUCCCCAGCACACACACAGACAGACACACACUUCAUCCCCAGCACACCCACAUAGAGACACUACUAUUGCAGGAGCAUGUAUGUUGUUUUUUUGGGGGGAGGGCAGCAUUUCAUACUUGGAUCCAGCACAAUGUCUUGGGCCGGCCAUGCCCGGCUGUAACCACAGCUUGCAAAAAAAAUAGUUUAAUUUUCAAUCAGAUGUUAGCUUGCUUUAGAAGUUUUUAUCUCCUGCUCUGUAAAUUAAACUUUAAAGGCACAUUCCAGGCACCAUAAAAACUUUAUCUAAAUGAGGCCAUCAAACACAGGAGGCCAUCAAACACACUCUUACCUCAAGGGGUUAAACUGUUCUUGAUUGGCUUAACGCCAAAGCAGCCUCAACCACCAAUCCUCAGGACCCCCAAGUGGCAUUCGGCUUCUAAAAUUUCAGUUUCAGGAAGCGCGGAGUGCCGUCAGGCAGGGGUUGCCACUGAUUGGCAGAGAGCGGUCAACUGGUCAGUGACCAUUCACAAAACUUUCUUGGAAAAAUAACUUACCUUUGUCAAGCCAGUUUUGUGAAUAGGGAAUCACUGAUAGGCUGAGAGCGUCAGCUAAUCGCUCUCAACAAAUCAGUGACACCCCUCCGCGGCGGUACUCCACGCUUCCUGAAACAUAAAUUUCAGAAACCUGCUGCAGCCGGGAUGGGGCAUACAGUGUCCCUUUAAAGAAGCAAUCUGCCAUAAACUGGACAACAGCUUCCAUAGGCCCAUAGCACCAAAAUGACUACAGUGAGCUAUGAAGCUCGGACUGUCUCUUUAAGGCUUAGAAGAUGAUGUUAUCAAAAUAAAUUUCUUCUCCCAUGCUUCUAAAAAUAACCAAUAAACUAUAAAACAUAAGUUCCAUCAAGGAAAGGGAAUUGCUAAAUAUAUGUAUUGGCAAAGAAAGGUCAACUCUUUCACACUGAAACACAAAAUGUGUAUUUUUGUAUUUGGUGAAUUUAUUUUCCUUUACUCAGGAGACGCUGUGUAUUUUUAAUUUCAGAGAAUUAGGUCGUGGCUUUGUAUUUUUAUUUUAUACUUUUUUCUUCUAGACCAUUCCUUUUUGUGGCCAUAUAAAAGGAGGGAUGAGACCAGGAAAGAAAAUAUUGAUUAUGGGGAUUGUUGGGGUAAACCCAGAGAGGUAAGAACCCUUCUGAUUUUAUCCACUAAAUGGCUGAAUUUUUAAGUAUUGAGAGAACCAAAUUACAAAAUUUAGGCAAAAAUAGCGGAUAAAGUGAAAACGAAAUAGAAAACAAAAAACACCAACUCAGGUAUAGGCAUAACUUGUGUAUUUUAGCCCAAAUCUUACAAUUUGAUUUUCAUCUUACUAUAGUUCACUGUUUAAUAAAUAUCCCCCUGUGGCUAGUGCUUUGUAUUGAUUUGCUUUAGUCUGGCUAUAAGAUUUGUGUUGGCUAAGCUAAUAAUCUUUGCCUUCCAAGGAGGAGAUCGUGGUAAAAAUGGACUUACCCACAAUCCAUUUGGAGUUUUCAUUGGCUUUAUUUUGUCGAUCUUACUAUGGUUUUAUCAGCUCAGUUGACAAAUUGAAAUAGGUUAAAAUAAUUGACUUAUUACAUAUGUCGGCUUUGCUGAUAAAAAGCCUUUUAUCAUGGGGUGGGUUCGUGCUAUAUUCAUAUGUUUUGUAUUUCUUAUCUAGCAUGCUUAUACAGGGAUUUCAAAUAGAGUCUUGAUUGCACUCAGAGUAGCAAUGGAAAAAAAAAAAACCAAAACAAAACAUUGAGAUCAGACAGAAUCAGCUGUACAUUAUGUGAAAUCAUUUUGUAUAAUUUUUAACUGUUUUCUUUUUCUCAGCUUCGAGAUCAGGCUGACAUGUGGGGAUUUAGGAGAACCAGCUGCUGACGUGGCUUUUGAUCUAAAAGCAGAUUUCAUUGACAAACAACUUCUCCGGAGAGCUUGUGUGUCUGGGGAGUGGGGAGAAAACGAAACAGCUAUUCCUUAUUUCCCUUUUAUACCGGAUCAGCCUUUCAGAGUAAGUUUGAACAGAGGUAGCACUGUUACCGAACGGAAAAAUGUACCCAUGUAUUAUGGGCUUCCAAAGGACGUAAAAUAGUGUGAAUUCAGAAAUUACAUCCUGUUAACAUACACUCAUAAGCACAUAUGUGCGUUAACAUAAUGUGUUGUCCUUUUGGAGAGCUGAGAUUCCCAUCAUCCUUUGCAAACGGAGUUUAGAUUAAAGGGCAUUUAGCUAGAAUUUAGAUUAAAGCAUUCUCCCUGAGCGUUUAUGUAAUGCAAAUCCAAAUAGAUAAUUAAAUGGAAAAAUAGAUAAGAUGUGCUCUAAGUGCCAAACUUCAUUUUAUUAAAGGACCACUCUAGGCACCCAGACCACUUCAGCUUAAUGAAGUGGUCUGGGUGCCAGGUCCUUCUAGGGUUAACCCAUUUUUUCAUAAUUAUAGCAGUUUCAGAGAAACUGCUAUGUUUAUGAAUGGGUUAAGCCUUCCCCCUAAUCCUCUAGUGGCUGUCUCAUUGACAGCCACUAGAAGCGCUUGCGUGCUUCUCACUGUGAAAAUCACAGUGAGAGCACGCCAGCGUCCAUAGGAAAGCAUUGUAAAUGCUUUCCUAUGCGACCGGCUGAAUGCGCGCGCAGCUCUUGCCGCGCGUGCGCAUUCAGCCGGCGGGGCGUAACGGAGGCGGAGAGGAGGAGGAGAGCUCUCCGCCCAGCGCUGAAAAAAGGUAAGUUUAAACCCCUUUCCCCCUUCCAGAGCCGGGCGGGAGGGGGACCCUGAGGGUGGGGGCACCCUCAGGGCACUAUAGUGCCAGGAAAACGAGUAUGUUUUCCUGGCACUAUAGUGGUCCUUUAAUCAGCCCUCCUCCACCUGUCAUAACUCUCCUACUGUUGCAGAGGUUUUUUUGGGACUACUAUGUGUUUAUGGGUCACAAACCUUGCACACAUUCAGUGACAAGAGAUGAUAGGUUAUCAUAAACUCUGUUUAUCCUCACUCAUUUGUUUAUUAUUUCCUUGAAUCUUGUGCAGUGCAGCCAGUGGACUUAUCGGUAAGUAUUAGAAUUAGCCCCUGAGUUAUUCAGGCCCCAGGCUCAUUCAAUUUGGCUCAAUUUAAUUGCAAUAUUGUAUAGUAUGUCUUAAAAGAAAACCAUGGUAAAAAAUUACCCCAUAUUUUAAUGAAUAAUUAUAAUGCAUUCAAAAUAAGCCUCCACCCCACAACCCUCUAAAAAACAAAACAAAAAAAAUAGAUAUUUAUUUUCCAAGAUCCUGAAGCCGCACAACCGAGACAGGCCAAAUGCAGCCUCUGGAAGAGCCCUCCCUGACUAGGAAAAGGGGUUUCAUCAUUCAAGGCCUCUCAAUUGCUUUAUAGGGUUUGAUUAAACAAGGAAGUACGUGCUGUUCAAAAAGAAGAGUGAAUUCUAAUUAGUUUCAGAAGCCAGAAGCCAGUUCUGCAGCUAAUGAAAGUAAAUUUUUAGGGCUUAGGAAAUAUUUGUUCAAAUUUGAGUAAAUAAUUAAAUUUUUAAUUUAUUUUAAAUUUAAGUUAAUUAUAUGCAUUCAAAAUAUAUUUGUGGACAUACAGGCUCUCUAUCAGUAAAUAACCAUUUGUGUAUCUCAGUAUUUAGUCAUCUGCAUGAAAACUGUGAACAGUAUUUGGUAGAAAUAAAUCAUCAGUUAGAAAUGGAUCCCAGACUCUUGCUGAUGCAAAUAGUUUUUUAAAGAAAUGUUUCUUUUUUUUUUCCCUAUUAAUUUUGCCAAGGGCAGAUUAUGACUUUGAGAGUAAAGCAGCUGGGUGCAGAAUAUACCUGCUCUGAUAUUUUUAAUUAACAGGCCUAUCCAUUAGCAAAAGAAAAAAAAGGAUUUCAUUUCUUAGUUCUUAUUUCGCCAGUUUUCUUCAUUUGAAUUUAUAAAUCUGAAUUUUCUAUAGAGGAAUUCCCUUGAAUAUAGCUAUUCGUGUAAGAUGAACUGUACAUGCAUUAUUUAAAGCAUAUUUAGCAUAUGUCUGGUACUGGAAUCUGAAACAGUUGCUAGUCAUCCUUUAACAGGGCUUCUCUUAAAAUGACUGAUGCUGUAGGGAAACAUCUGUUGGUGGUCCACCUCGAACCGCAAUCUUUUUUUCAGAAGUUCAUGUAACCUCUAAAGUAAGGCCAUGAUAACAAUCAGUCCUUGAAAGGUCCUAUUAAAAAGUGGAACAUCUCACAUGUAUAGCGACACUGAUAUAUAGAGAGAUAUAUAAAAAGUAGGACAUACCUUGAUGGCUUAAGGUCUUGAUGGACCAGACUACGAUAAAAGUGCAAUAUGUUAUUGGUCUUUAAGGGGUUAAUACCACCCAUGUAAUUUCAAGACUACCAUAUUUUAAAAUAGCUAAAAUGAUCCCCAUAAAAGCUGACAGGUAUUUUUUGGAAAACACAACACUUUUCUAUGGCUUUUUGCCCCUCCAAUAUAUCUCCACCUUCCAGUGAUAUGUUCACCUUUCAGUGAUAUUGCAAAUAGUCAGUGGCUCUGUUGGUACACAUGGAGGGCUCACAAGAAGCUGUAAAUAUAAUCUAUAUAAACGUAUCACUAUUUACCCAGAAUAAAUGCAAUUAGUUUAAUAGUAGCAUGACCGAAAGAGGGUUAAAAGGGCUGGUCAUAAAUUGUCAAUAGCAAUUAAAUUUGCCCUUUUUGUCUGAAAAACACUUCCCUAAAAAAAUGGCAGCGUACAACGAAGAGUCUGUUCCGAUCUAAUGAAUAAAUAGUGGCAAGUAAAAAAAAAAGUAAGCAAACCAGUAUUACCACCCUCCUUACAUCAUAUUUGUACACAAUGUUAAUUCUCAUUCUGAGAGCUAAUAUAUUUUAGAUGUGUGACCAUUUAAUAACUAUAUCAACAUACAUACUUUCCAUUAUUUUCUCACUUUUUUUUUUACGCAGAUGGACAAAACAAAUUUAAGAUACGCAGAGAGUUAUUUAAAAAGAGUUUGCUUGUAUGUACAAAAAUCUGAAAUAUUUUUAAUGUAGGGCUUGACACAUUUGUUUGGAAUCUAGGAGCCAGCUUAAAAAGUCAGGAGCUGUUUUUUUGUUUUUUUAAACUAGCAAAGUGUAAUUUACGAGAAAUAUAGAAUUCUUAAAGGGACACUAUAGUCACUAGAACCACUACUGCUUAAUGUAGUUGUUUUGGUGCCUAUAGCCUGUUCCUGUAGCCUUUUCAAUGUAAAUGCUGCCUUUUCAGAGAAAAGGCAGUGUUUACAUUGCUACCUAGAAAAACCUCUAGAGACAGUCACUCAGACGGCACCUAGAGAGUCCUGUGUUCAGCGUCUCCACGCUCUGCAUGUUACCCAUAGAGAACGUGCGCAAUAUCCUAUAUACUAUAGGAAAGCAUUGGUUUAGCUGAGAUCUUAAAGAUUGAUUAUCUCAGCCAUGAAGACAGGACAAGCCGCGGAAAACUGGCACAGCGUGAAGAAGAUGAGUAAAAACACCUCUCUCGUGAUCGGAAGGGUGCAGGCACCUAAACAGACACAGAAAAAGACACACUCUGACACACACACACACACACACUGAAAGAGAGACACACACAAACUCACACACUGACAGAGACACACACACACACAUUGACAGAGUGACACAUCCACACACACUGACAGAGAGGCAGAAACCCACACACUGACAGAGACACACACCAAACCACACACUGACAGAGACACACACACACACAAAUUGACAUUUUCAUUUUAAAUUGAAUCCACCUAGCCUUCCUACCUUUGGGAGAGCUGAGUGGAUCUUUCUCUGGGGUCUAGUGAGGCUCCUCUCUGCUCCCUGUACUGAUGCCGGGGCCGGGAUGACGUAAUAUCACCAAAGUGCGCGAGGGAGCAGAGAGGAGCUGCAGUAAGAUCACUGCUCCCUCGCACACUACCCCAGGACGGCACCUCCAUGCAGCCCAAGGCAGACGCCUACACGCCCCCUGAGCCGGCCGUCCACGCUCUCAGGUCGACGGGCCGGCUCCAUUGUUCCCCCAUCCUGCCUUUAGCUAAAGGGCUUCAAAUCCCAUACGCCAGGGCAAAAUUUCUAGUUGCCAUGGCGACCUGGUGCCUUGUAUUUACCCUGUUUUAUUGCAUAUAACUAACUAUUGCAAAAAAAUUGUAUUUACUAAUAACUAAUAGACUUGUGCACAGCUCCUUUUCAGCUGUGUGAAAUGAAUCAAAGUCAUGCUAAUCUAUGCCCAAAGGAACUGAUCCAUCCGACUCCACAGGUAAAUCAUGGACAGAAAGAAUCAUUCAGGCAUAGAUUAGCAGGUACUUGAUUUGUUUAACGCAGCAAAAAAGGUUUUUGCACAAUGGUAUUAGUUAUUCAAAACAAGCUACCGUUAGUUCUAUAUCGCUUUUAAGAAAUGAAACAGCAACGAUAAAAAAUUGACAUGAAAUAUAGACUAAGCUUAGAAUAAGAUAAGCUUAUCUCUUAUAAUUUAAUAGUUUUUUUUCAUUGACAUCAAAGGGAAAAAUUAUAUUCAAACAGAAGAGAUAAGCAGAACUCAUCUAAUACAAAUGUAGCCCUCAAGGACGUAUUCACGAACAGGCAAUUAUGGAAACAGUAGUAUUUUUUUAGGCCGAACAAUCUAAGCUAGAAAAAUAGCCAAGUUGGUGAUUUUUAUUCCAGUUCCGCAAUUUUGGAUCAGUGCUUUACAAUAACAGAGGAUUUUGAAAGAAUAAAAGCGUCAUACGCAAAGGUUACGUUCCACGUUCCUGCAGCUUCCGACUUCCAAGUCACCUUUCCUGUGACAGGCUUCUGAUUGAAUGAGCUGUAGGACAGUAUUGGUAGAAAUCAUUGCAGAUUAUUCACAUAUAGUUAUUUACUAAAGGGACAAUUGUCGUGAAUGCAAAGUGAAAUAACCAUUAAAUGCACCCAGAUCGCUCAAUAUGGGUGUGAAGUUGUCCUGUCAUUUUAACCAUACAAUGUAAAACACUGCAGUUUUGCAGGAACUCCAAUGUUUCCAUUGCAGGGUUAAACACAACUCAUGUGAACAAAUGUAGCUCGUAGGAUUCACUGCUUUCCUAUGAGAAGCAUUUGAUUGGACGGCGGUUGGCACACAUGCACAUCAUGUCCCCGGCCGUCUUCCACGAGGAAGUGUGGAUUGGACCAUUACCGAGAAAGCAACGCCACCUGGAUGACGUCACAGGAGGCUGAGAGGGCAGCAGCACCGAGGGAGUCUCAGCACUGGAGAAAAGGUAAGUAAAACUUUUUUUUUGAAAACCAUUUAUUUUGCAGUUGUGUGAGCCCACCAAUCUAACUAUGUACUAGCGCACUAUCCUUUAAUUUAAAUUUUAACCCCAAAUUGCUGAAUUGGAAACAAUUUCCCAAAUCAGCUAUGAUUCCACUUCAGCUACUUUGGCCUUAUAGUUGAAAUAAUUUUGAAUACAUUUUCAGUUUUUGUUUUCUUUCAAAGUUACAAUUUUUAAUUUUAGGGUAGCCAAACAGAAAAUAUUGUCCAACUUUAUAUUUCCAGUUCUGCCAGUUUGGUCUACAAUUCCUUUAGUCAUUCCCUAGCAUUUCCUGUAUUAGUAAAUAUCCCUUUAAAUACAAAUAUUAUUAUUUAUAUAGCGCUAACAAAUUCCAUAGCGCUUUACAAUGGGUGGAUUAACAAACAUGUAUUUGUAACCAGACAAGUUUGACGCACAGGAACAGAGGGGUUGAGGGCCCUGCUCAAUGAGUUUACAUGCUAGAGGGAGUGUGGUAUAGUGACACAAAAGGUAAGGAUAGUAUUAGAUAAGAGAGAAAUCCAAUAAAAGACUGAUCUGGUGUUGCCCUUAUGUUAUUUUCUUCCCAAUGAGUCACAACAUUUACAGAAUUGCUACAGUCUAUCUAUAGUUAUGCAUUUUCAGGAGAUCCACCCUGUGAUUUUCACGGUGUAUAUAUUACUUCAAACCUUUUUUUUAAUCCUUUGGGCUGUACCUAACAUACGGAAGUGUGUUUCAAUCAGAGAAACAUAUUUUCUUUAGUUUAAGGUUCUGUGUGUAUGAUGUGAGUUGUAUUAUCCAACAAUUGUAGCGUUAGAUUGCAUGUGGCUGAACCUCUUGGGACUUUGGACCUGUACAGUUGUGCUGACUUAAUAAUAUAAGACAAUGUGGCAUUUGCCAAUAUGAUAGCAUAUUUUGUUAUGUUUUGUAUAAUUACAGAUAUGUUUAAGCCAAUAAUUGGUAUAUAUGCAUUUGGAUCACAUUGUGUAGAUAUUAACUGAGACAGUGUUGUAUGAUAUGCAGCUCACAUGGUACCAGACUCUCUUAGUACGAAUUUAAUUGUAGUUUAACUAUUGUAAAAUAAGGUAUGACAGUUCUUACGAUUUUCUUUUUAUGAUUCACAUUCUGUCUAAAAACCCCAUAAGUUCUAUUAUAUGAGAUCAUGGGUUCAUUAAUGUUCCCACCCGGCUCCUGGAGUGGUAUACAGUACUCUCGGUAAAAAGAAUUGAAUGACACUCCUAUAUAGCAUGCCUUCUGCCAAGUGUCAUUUUCCAUUUCUUAUUUUCUAUAUUGUCACAAAGAAUUUUAGAAGUGUAUUGUUUAACUAUGGGAAUGUCAAAUGACUCCUCAUUCUUAAACCUAUCCUUAACGUGUAGUGUAAUAUUCGUUAGGGUAAUAAUUCAGUCCUUCAAUUAACGUGAUCCUUUUGCUUGUCUCUAAGGAAGUAUGCUUUGCCAAAAAUUGCUUAUUUGAAAAUAAUUCUCCAGUUUAGUUGUAGUAAGAGCUUGGCUAUUUUAACCUCAAUUUUUAGGAGUUUGUAGUUGUUAUGUUGACGAGACAGUUGUAAUUUUAAUCUGAUAGCCACAGGAGGCAAUUUUUUUGUAAAAAUAGUUUGACAAAACUGGAGUGAAUUCACCGAUAGCCCCCUUUCAUCAUAACCAUUAAGUAAAAUGCUGUGGUUAUUGUGCGUGGAGAGUCCAUUUAAAGCACAAACAACUUUUAAUUAAAUAUACCAAAAAUCUAAAUAUUUGUUAUUUCCUGUUACAUAAUUGUUGGUCAGAUGUGUCACACUCUGAAAAACCUUUUAAUUUGUAGAAAGGUAAUCCAGAGACUUUGAAGUUUAUACAGUCCCUUUGCUUCCUUGCAACACCUCCCUAACAAUCCUUCUGGUAUAUUCAGAAAGGCCAAAGUGCUUAUUAGCCUUCCUCCAUUUAUUCUUUCAGUUUUGGUUUAUGUAAACAUUCGUAUGACCUUGGGAAUGUUUUUGAUUUUUUUUUUUUAAGAUUUCACGUGGACUUCAACAUCGUCAUGAAAUAUACAAACAGAAGUCAAUUAGCAAACGGACAUGGAGAGGGUGGUCUAGACCAGAUGCAACCAACUUUUGGCACUCCAGAUGUUGUGGACUACAUCUCCCCUAAUGCUUUACCAGCAUUAUGGCCGUAAGAGAAUUAUGGGAGUUGUAUUUCCUAAAAUCUGCAGUGUCUAAAGUUGCCUAACCACUGCUUUAGAGAAUUUAUUAUCGUGUUUACUCAUUUUAAUAUGUCUCUCUUAUUGUAGAUAGAAAUACUUUGUGAACACCCGCGUUUCAGGCUAUUUGUGGAUGGACACCAGCUCUUUGAUUUUUACCAUCGAGUCGAAACACUAUCAGCUAUCGAUACCGUUAAAAUCAACGGCGACCUUCAGCUCACUAAACUUGGUUGAUAUAUAACAUGCGUCUGAUGCCACCAGCGAAACGAGGGCAGCUACACAUACAGCAGAACUUAAGAGGAGCUCAGUUUAAUUCCUCUACAACCAGUGAUCUUGUGUUAACUCCAGAGGAUAACCGUCAAGCAAUAGUUACAGUGAGCCAUCUUUUUUAUUAAGGACAAUAUGGUACCUCACAGGUAGUUGUUAAAUAAAUUAAAUAAUGACCUACUUUUUUGACCUUGAGUACAGCAAUUUAUUUUUUUUCUUAAAGCACUUCCUAUAUAUAUAUAUAUAUAUAUAUUGGUGACCUUUGUAUUUUACUUGAAAGGAGUGUUUGUCAAGAGUUCAGCAUUCGUGUAACAUAAUCAGCAAAAUGGUCAUAAGAGUAUUGUAAUUAUUGCAAAACAAUCAAUGAAAGCAGUUAUCAUCUUGAAAACGUGUUGUCCUGCUCACUGAUUGGCUGAAUGUUAUUGUCUGUGCCUGUCAUUGGCUGCUGCCACUGAAUUUGUGCAUCAAUAGCAACAACUAUUUUUUUUAGUAGCCAUGGAUAUCUACGGCUGACAGACAACUUCCCAUUGGUUUAAAGAAUAUGAUAAGCUCUUCACUGUCCAAUCAAUGGUGGAGCUCCAUGGAUUGAAAUUCAUUUUCAACAUUUUAUGAAUCAAAGUGCUGUGACGAUCAGCUAUAAAAAAAACAAAAAACAAUUCGUUUUGUGUGAAAACAUGUUUCUGCACUGAAGUGAUUUAGCAUAGCACAAUAAUAUAUUUAUAUAUGGUCAGGGUAUUUGCAUAGAGUGUAGAUAAGGUUCCUUUGCACAGUGUGUUGUCUACACUUUUUAAAUGCUUCUAUGGUUAGAUUUAUUUAUCCAUUAUAGCCUUCAUUUGGCAAAGUAGGCAUAUUCUUUUUUUUUUUUUUUUAAUAUAUUUUUAAUCAAGGUAAAAUGUUAAACACUUUGAAUGUAUGAAUGUUCUUUUUGUGUAAACAAUCACUCAUAAGCAUCUCAUCUACUUACGAUAUGUAUAGGUAUUUUGGAUAUACUUAGUUACACGGUGGAUACUGGCUAUGGAAUGUACUUUUCAUGCUUUUUACAUUUUUUUUGUAUCAACACACAGAUAUUAAAACAAUGCUGCCAUUUUGUAAUUUGUUAAUUCAGGCUGUGAGUCCUAAAAACUUAUUCUGAAAAAUAAAAUAAAAAUUACAAAAAAAAUAUGAUAUUAAGCUUUUACAUAUGUGAUUAUACAGUCUAAUAAUGCCUUGAUAAUGACUCGUAUAAAACAGGUUUCAAUAAUCUUAAAUAUUUAUGGGAAGAUUAACCAACGGAAAAAACAAGUGCUUUUCUGGGGACCAAGUGCUAAAUGUUGAGAAACAUUCUGUUGGUUCCAUAGUGAUUGCUUUCUAUUUAGCACUUUUCCCCAGAAGUUUAGAUGCUUUGUCCUAAUAAUUCUCCCCCUAAUUUCCAUAAUGUCAGCGUAUGUAGUUAUAUAGAUUUUUAAAAUGACUCCAGUCCAUCAAUUGCAGCCCUUCACACAUCUCUAUCACUACUGUUGAUCCAACAGAAGGUGAAAACCCCAAUUUGAAGUAAUUUGCAGUGUUGCCACAAAUGAAAAAAUAUAAAUUUCUGACUCCAAAAUGGCAGUCAGACUUCUUGUUUCAACAAGUUGUUACUCCACAUAUUAACUAUUAUAUCCUUGAAUAUAAUUUUUUUUUUUAAAGCACACAAUCUUCUAGACGUUUAACACAACCUCUUCAGGCAGAGAAUCCAACAUACUAUUUGUUCUUAUUGCACAUAACCAUUUUCACUGAUGUAGGUGAAAUCUCCUUUCUUCAAGUCUAAGUGGG